AUGGACAAAUUGCAAAGACAUUAUGAGCAGACCAUAGAAAGGUUGACAGAGAUCAAGAUGCGCCAUGAACAAACGUUGAGAGAAAAUCUGACCAAAAAUAACCAGCAAGGAAAUAGUAUAAUAUUAAAAUUCAAUACGGCAAGAAAGGAAUUGGUCAAACACAUGGAAUUGAUGGAGAAGAAUGCAUGUUUUAUGUCAGAUUACAACUUGAUCGCCAACAACAGAGAACUGAAGCGAAUAAUGACUGACUUGGAUUUCAAAGUAGAGAAUUGUGAAUACUCUGCGAGAUACAUGAGAGGGGAAAUAAAUGAUGACGUACUGGAAUCUAUCAUUGGACACACUUUGAAAUUAAACUGCAUUAAUGCUACUGAAACAAACUCAUUUCAACCUGGAAAUAAUGCAGUGUUCAUUCUUGAGGCAAUCAGUGAGGAUUGUUGUUACAUUCGUUCUAUGACGUCAAAAAUCAGAAAAGUCAACAUAGCAGGUAAUGAGAAAUACGAAUCCGGAAUAAAUGCCAAAGAUGUGUGUGUAAAAGCUGAUGAUUGUAUUUAUUACACAGACUAUAAGAACAAAUGCAUCUCGAGUCUGUCUCCAUAUGGAUAUCUUUCUACAAUAGUCAGCACUAAACCCUUAACGCCUGGAGAAAUCUGCUUAUCUUUGGAUGGGGGACUCCUGGUCACGCUGACAGAUGAAUUAUCAGAUACAUUUGAAUUACAACCAUGCAGAAGACGUUUGGUCAGACACCUGAAGAUGAAUGGUGAUCUCAUCCAUGAUUAUGAAUACCAGGAGGAUGGUCGGACCAGGAUUUUUGUCCAACCAACCAGUAUUGCUCAGAAUGGGAAUAGAGACAUCUGUGUUGUAAACCAGUCAGGUGAUAAGACGGGUGACCUAGUUCUCUUGUCUUUCUCCGGUCGAACUAAGUCUGUCUAUCGUGGACAGAACAUGUCAAGAUACUUUAAGGAUAAAUAA